AUGAGGGUAAAUAUCUUCAAGACGUUGUUACCAUUUCUCUUAGCUCCAGGCGGGCACACUCAUGGUACCCAGGUUGACGCUGCUUGUGCUUUGGACUGCUCCCACCGUCUCGUCAACACUUCCGAUACGGUCGACUGGAGCGCUCUCUGCUCAGAUCAGCUUAAACAACAUUGUCUGGUGCUCUCCUGCACUUCUGAUUCCUACAGCAAUGCCUUGACCUCAGUGGUUACAUCUUGCCUCGAAAGCGGUGCAGUUAUCGCGCCACUACAUCCUGUCCAAUUCGUGAACCCAGCUCUAUAUGCUCGCCAAUUUACCACCAGUGUUGUGCAAGGCCCCGGUUUGUAUGGACCCGAGGUUGGAGGCGACGGAAAAGGGCAAUCUGGCUCUCCAAAUAGCCCUUCAGUUCCUCUUAACUGUGAAGCUGGCUCGGAUAGAAUCUUGACACUCUCACUCCCCGGACCUACUUCGAAUCCGUCGCAGUCAAGCCCCGGUGCUGCCAGCCGACCCCAAACUCAGAAUCCCAACCAAGGUUCUCAGAGCGGCCAGCCACAGGAUCCUUCACCUAUUGGUAAGGGUGAUGCUUCAAACCCAACUUGUACGGGCAACCUGAAUGAUUGCAAUACUGCUGGCAAUCGACCCUCAUCUAAUGGAUCGGGGAACUACCCCGACACUUCUCAGCCUGGUGGAAGUCCCUCGCCAUCACCAAAUAAAGGGCCCAACACUUCUUCGGGAGACCAAAAUGCUCAACAGCCUCAGAACGGCCAGGGUAGUGAUACCCCUUCACCGUCACCCAGCGCCUCUGAUGCCUCAAACUCAAACCAGUCUGCUCAACCACCAUUAUCAGACGGGCAACUGGGCGCUCAGCCGAGCCGAAACCCACAAGGCUCCCCGCCUUCGUCACAAAACACUGACGGGUCUGGUGGAAUCCCAUGUCCCCAGGCCCAAAGCAACCCAGGUCCAGGACAAGAUUCAUCACCUCCUACCAACUCAAACACAAACAAUGGAGCCCCUAGUAGCCCGCCAAACCAAGCACCAUCAACCCCAAAUAGCCAAUCUCCCAAUUUUCCACAAGGGCCUUCAAAGCCUAACCCUGGAUACGGAACAACAGGUGGACAGUCGCCUGCUGGACCUCCUUCAAACCCUGGAAACAAUAACGGCUGCGCUGGUAAUCAGGGCAAUUCUGGUCCCAGCGCUCCUGCUGGAUCGCCCACUCGGCCUACCAAUCCGGGGCCGGAGGGUUGCCACGACGCCGGUUCACCAGGACCUUCAGGUAAUGACUCCCCUGGGCAACCCUCAGCAUCUAGCCCUCUUCUCGACCCGAAUGGUGGAGGUAUUCCUUGCCCCAACAAUGAUCAAGGUCCUAACAACGGCAACUUUCCUGGACCUGGGUCUGAUCCAAUGGCUGGGCCUGGUGCCGGAGACUCGCCAGAAAUUAUCGUGACUGUUCAAAUCCCUGCGCCUUCAGGAAACCCAGAGGCUGGUCCGCCUAGAAACUCUCCGAGUAAUGGAGGUGUUGGUCCGGGCGGACCUGCCCCAUCUCCAAGUAAAGGCAGCCAGCCGCUUCCUUCACCAAGCUCUGGACCAUCUUCAAGUCCAGAAAGCACGAACAGAGCUGAUCCAAACACCCCCAAUUCCCCAGACAAUGGAGAGUUUCCUUGUGAUGAUGACAGUGCUGCUUCUGGUCCUUCCGGGCCUGGAAAUGGAGCAAACAAUGGCGGUGCUGGAACACCAGCUUCUGAUUUUACCCUUUGGCCACUUCCCACUGCCCCGCCAACUGUUCCUGGCUCAGCCGUGAACUCUGGACCCAACAUCCCACCUCAGACAGAUAUCACGUUCAAAAAGUCGGGCCCAGCGAGUAUGACCGUCUCAGGCGCCCCUGCAAAUUCGCCCGAGAUCACUCUUUGGCCCCGCCCGACAGCAAAUGCACCCACAGCCGCGCCUGCAAACGCAAAUGGCAACCAAGAAACCAUCGUCUUACACAUUCCAUUGCCUGGUCAUAUCGUUCAAGGUGAUAGCCCAACUGGGAUUAAGACGCUCGAUCCGACCAUGACGAAGGAUCUCUCCUCGGGCAGCCCAGUUGCCCCAGAACUUGUCAGUGCACCGAGCUAUGUGAUUAGGAAUAAGAGGGGCCUGGUAGCAAGAGAAACAAACGAAGGUAUCCCAAAUCCUUCCCAAAGCUUCUUCCGAUCAGAGAACCACACGGCGUCAACGACCUUGGCCACAUAUACCGGUGCUGCAGGAAGAUCGUUUGCUUUAAGCACCUUCAUAUGUACAUGCUAUGGGGUGUUUGCAUUUGGGGUUCUGUUAUGGGCCUUCAAUUAA